AUGAAGCCAGUCACUACCUCCUCUCAGCUCGACAGCAUUGUCGAGCGAAACGAAGUCUGUCUCCUAGACAUGACGCGCCUCACAAUCCAAUUCGUCAAACGCCUUGUCAACCACUCACCUGGCAACAUCGCCACGAAGCAAGGCAAUAAACGACUGCCUCUUGAGAUGUGGUGGGAAAUCAUUGCUUGGGCAGAGAUGACGGACCCGAACCACCACACUUACCGCCUUGUUCAGGCUCAAUCCUUGGAAGAGCAUGGGACACAGCACACCCUGGUUUGCGCCGAAAUUCCCAAAUGGAAUCCAUGCGGCCUUCUAGAGACAGAGGAGGCCUGCAACGAGUACCGCGCUUAUCUCAAGCGUCCCGGGAAAGGGCAUAACCCAAACCGCCCAUUUGUUCUACCAGAUACGAACAAUCAAGAUUCCCUCAUCAAGCUCAAAGACUCCCUGAUGGGCCCCGACAGCAAGAUUCUAUUCCGAGCCUUGUCCGUUUCCGACGUCAUAUCCCGGGCUGAAAAGGGCGAGUGUUUCUUGUGCGCCAGCGACCGAUGGUGUUUCCUAUAUCGAGAUUACGAGGACGAAGGGUUCUUUGGACUUUUUAUUCCACGCGGCGUCGCUGGUUCAGCUAUGCCAUGUCCACUCUGCAUAGGUGUGCAUGCUCCGGAGUCUAUGGAUGAACUUGAGAGCGUGGAAUAUGAGAAAGCGACUAGGCAAGCAUUUUACAAGCUCGGAUACAUGUUCCAUUAA